UGAUGGUUCCAUCCAGAUCCUUGCAGAAAGAGCUGACAUCCAGAGAGCUGAAGACACAUUACAUGAGGUCAUCAAAGAGGAAGUCAUCAAACUCACACCAGACCAAGCCCAUGUGACCAAUGGCGAACAAUGGGCACAGUUCUUUGCCAUACUUAAUGGAGACCUCAAAUUCACCAAGAACAACCAGCAUCUCCGUAACACAGGAGAAGAUUGGAGUCUGUGGAUUCUCCAGUGUGGUGGCAGAUGUGGCAGGGAAGUUGAGGGGAUACCUGGACAACAAGAAGCCAGAAACGGUGGAUGUCUCUCUCAAACCAGUCCAGGAAGUAGAGUUUGUGGCCUCUUGCAUGAACCUCUCAGAGGUCCCUAAAAUCAAGGCUCUGGGCGUGACUAUACUGCCAUGCAAAACACUAGGAUCUCCUUGUCUGAAGAUCACAGCAGCGAGUAAUACAAUCAAAGAGGCCGUAGAUGCAGUGAAACAGCAGGUCAGUACAAUUACAACGGAGAGGUACACAUACUCCAAGGCCGGGGAGUCCAAAGUCCUAGAGAAAAACCAAGCGGAUCUGCAGGCCAAGUUCAAGGAUUUAGGGUGCAAACUCUACCUAUCACCAGUGAUUACCCACUGUCAGAAAUACAGAUACAACAUUGAAGGUUGCGUCACUUUAAUUGUUGGUCAGGGUAACAUCUCCCAACAUGCUGCAGAUGCUUUGAUCUGCCCUCUGAGCAGCAGUCUGUCCUUUGAUACUCCGAUCGCUAAGCAGUUCCUUCAGAUUGGUGGGCCUGAUAUCAGGAAGGUGUUUGACAAGUUCCUGAAGGAGAGGCAGACUCUACAGCCAGGAGAUGUGGUCUUGUCCAACCCAGGCACCCUUGGAGCUCAGCACCUCAUCUAUGCAGUGCUUCCAGUAUGGGGGAAGGACACCUCAACUCUUAGAAAUAUCAAUCUACAGUCAACGGUCCAGGACAGUUUACUGAAAGCAGACAUCAAGAAGUGCGUCUCCAUAUGGAUGCCAGCGAUGGGGUGCGAUACCUUUGGUUUUCCCGUCACAGAGAGCUGUGCAGCAGUUAUCAAGGGAGUCCUCGGUUUCAUUAAACAGAAACCCCAACACCUGAGGAACAUAUUUGUGAUAGACUCCGAUGCCAAGAUAGUGGGGGAGAUCCAGUCAGCCAUUGAAGGAGAGGGUUAUCGUCGACAACAAAUAACCAACAAAACAGCAACAGGCACAACUCUAACUGCUCCCUCUGCAGCCACUGCCCCACAUAACACACAUCCACCACCACCCCUAGUGGCUAAGCCAGGCGCAGACAUCAAAGUGAUUAUUAGUGGAGUGUCAGUGUUCCUGAAGAAGGGAGACAUCACCAAAGAGACAGUGGAUGUCAUAGUGAAUUCCAACAACCAUCAUCUGAAUCUUAAUUGUUUUUAAUGACAUGUUCACACAGUUUGUUUUCAGUUUGGUUUCAUUUGACGGUGUACGGUAAGUCUCUAACUUACUGUAUGUCUUAUCUCAACAGGUGUGUCUGGAGCCAUCCUAAAGGCAGCUGGGAAAUCAGUAGUGGAUGAAUGCAGAAGAAUGGUACAAUCACUUGGUGUCCUGAAGGACAAUGAUGUUGUGUUCUCAUGUGGUGGGAAACUGAACUGUAAGAACAUAGCUCAGAUAGUUGGGCCCAAGAAUGCUGCAAAUAUCACUACCUCCAUAGAGAAUGUCCUUAAUCUGUGUGAGCACAGGAAGGCAGUCACAAUGUCCAUUCCUACUAUUGGCACAGGGAAAGUUGGCAUUGAGCCCAAAGAUUCCAUCAAGGCCAUACUAAAAGGACUGGAGAGUCACAUAUCACAGAUGCCUUCAUCCAGCAUCAAAAUCAUCUUCAUAGUGGCCUUUGAGCAAAAGAUCUUUGACCUCUUGAGAGAUUACUUUAACGAAAGGAACCUGGGCCCACACAAAAUCGAGCAGGCAAAUGCUGCAUCACCAUCUACACCUUCUCAGUCCAGUCUUCCCCCCAAAUC